AUGAUAAGGAGAAAAAAUAAUGAUUUUUUUUUUCUCAGCCCAGACAAAAAAGCAAAAGAAGUUAAAUUUUCUUUCAACGGUGACAGUUUUUCUCUUUGCUUUAUGAAAGUUAGCACUGACUAUCUAGUCCAUAUCUAUCUAUCUAUCUAUCUAUCUAUCUAUCUAUCUAUCUAUCUAUCCUUGCCUUUUCUAUCUAUCUAUCUAUUCUUCCAUUUUCUAUCUAUCUAUCUAUCUGUUCUUGCCUUUUCUAUCUAUCUAUGCUAUUUCUUUCCUUCCAUCUAUGCCAUUUCUAUCUAUCUAUCUCUGUCUUCUCUAUCUAUCUUUCUAUCUUUCAUAUCUAUCAUUGUAUUUUCCAUCUGUCUGUCUGUCUAUCUAUCUAUUGCUCUUUGCCUUUUUCGUCUGUCUAUCUAUCUAGCUAUCUAUUGUUCUUUGCCUUUUUCAUCUGUUUAUCUAUCUAUCUAUUGCUCUUUGCCUUUUUCGUCUGUCUAUCUAUCUAUCUAUUGCUCUUUGCCUUUUUCGUCUAUCUAUCUAUCUAUCUAUCUAUCUAUCAAGCUAUAUCUAGCUAUGUCCAUCUAUACAUAUAUCUCUGUCUUCUUUCUUUCUAUCUAUCUAAUCUUGUCAGUUAUUUCUACUUAG